UCUUUUCCAAGUGCAAAGGCUCACAUGUUUGGGAUCCAGAAGGCAAUAAAUAUUUGGAUUUCUCAUGUGGUUUUUCAUCAGUAAGCCAAGGUCAUUGUCAUCCAAAAAUUGUAAAUGCCCUCUGUAACCAAGCAAAAAAACUUUGUUUGAGUUCUAGAGAAUUUUAUAAUGAUGUCUUUGGUGUAUACGCAAAAUAUAUUACUGAG